AUGGGUCUGGCCCAUUCGGGCGUAGUGACACCUCCUCCACGGAAAGAUAUCUUGACGCCGGAGCAUACGAUGAAGAACCAGGUCUUCAUAUAA